AUGGAUAGUCCGCAGGAUAGCGAUAAUAAGUCGCCAUUGUCUUUCAGUCGCACCAGCAGCAACACCAAUGCCAACACCAACACAGAUAUCUCUCAGGAACCCGACAUACUCUCUCAUCCUAAAGCUGCAGAUAUCAUCGAUGCAUGUAAAUGGAGAGAUAUCAGCCGUCUCCGGUCACUAGCUGAAGCCCAUGGUGGAUUCCUGUCGGACACUCUGCGAAAACAAGCAUGGCCCAUCUUACUAGGUCUCGAUGCUCCCUCUGACGAUAAAGAUGACCUUGAUCUUGCAUCGGCUCAAGACGAUUACAGUGAAUGGAAGCAAUUGCCCCGCCAUCGAGAUGAGGAUCAGGUUCAGCUUGACGUCAAUCGCUCGUUCAUCUACUACCCAAAUAACAUCGUGAGAGCUAAUGCAGUACCAGACCAAUCCGACGCAGAGCUGAGUCUCCGCAAGUCAGAGCUCUCAUCCCUCAUCACCGAGGUCCUACGUCGUUACCCUUAUCUGUGUUACUUCCAGGGCUACCACGACAUCUCCCAGGUUCUACUGCUGGUGCUGGCGCCGGCAUGGAGAGCUCGUGUUCUCGCGCGCCUAUCCGUCCUGAGGAUACGGGACUUUAUGUUGCCCAGUUUUGGGCCGACAACCGCCCAGCUCCGUCUUCUGCCGGACAUCCUCCACGCUGCUGAUCGCAAGCUCCGACGGCAUCUUGCAGGUGUUGAACCCUUCUAUGCCUUAGCGGGAACGCUGACCAUGUAUGCCCACAACAUCGAGACCUAUCAAGACAUUGCCAGAUUGUUCGACGUCUUCCUAGCCCGGGAGCCUGUCUUUACUGUCUACGUGUUUGCGCAGAUCAUUCUUGACCGUCGAAAUGAGAUCUUUGAGAUAGACGAGCCCGAUAUGCUGCACGUCAUUCUGGGCAAGGUGCCAACAAAAAUGGAUCUGGAUGAGCUCAUCAUAAAAUCAGCCGCCCUCUUUGAGCAGCAUCCUCCUGAGACUCUUAGCUACUGGCGGCACAUAUCUAACUUCAGUGCUCUAAAGACAGCCCGGGAUAUUGAAUCCUGCGCGAAACAAACCAUGGAAGAGGGCUCGGAGCUUUUUGAGAAGCAGGUCAAUGAACUUCACUGGCAAGAAGUGCGGGAUCGCAUCAAGUUGGCCCUCUGGCAUUACCGCCGCCCGGUCAGGACUGUUGGGAUGGCUCUUGUUGUGGGAGCCCUGGCUUUCUACCUUCGCCGCAAUCCAAUCCUCGUUCACCGCAUUGCUUCAUUCUUCUCUCGAUAGGCACCGAAUUUCCCGUCCGCUCGAUGAUUUCUCAGGUAGAUUGCUCAAGGUAAGCAUAUUUGAUAUAAAAGUUGGCAGAUGGAAUGAUUUACCCCACGUUAGAAUGGCAUAGAUAACAUUUUGUUUGUUCGAAGCUCUGUUUAGCAA